AUGGCGGAGGCGCAGCAGCAGCGGCGGCAGGGCUCGCAAGAUGCCAACGGCAGCGGCAGCAAGGUGGCGCCCGCGAUCGUGUCGCGCGUCCACGCGCGCGUUGGGCUGCUUGGCAAUCCCAGCGAUGGGUUCUAUGGCAAAACCCUGUCCCUAUCCCUUGCAAACUUUUACGCGGAGGUGACGCUCGCGCCUCGGCCGCCGGGCAGCGGCAUCGAGUUCCUGCCCCACCCGCAGCACGACAGGACGCAGUACAGCGGACUGUCUGACCUGGCGGCCAGGGUGGAGUCCGAGGGCUACUAUGGCGGCGUGCGGCUGCUCAUGGUGAGUGAGUGA